UGACGCUACUAUAGUUAUUCGCUGAACUCGCUUCUAUUCAUUGCCGCCAUUUUGAUUUAUACGCUGAAAUUGAAUGGCGUUCUUGAAUCAAGUUAGCGUAUUACAUUUUUACUCGUGUAAAAUUUAAUUUUAAUGUAACGUAUUCAGUUUUAAAGUCCUGUUGAAAUAAUGGGUCGUGGCAGGGAUCGCAGUCGUGAUAGGCGUCGCAGCCGUAGUAGGAGUCGAAGUCGAAGCCGCAGUCGAAGCCCUCGAUAUGGCCUAGGUUCCGGUGGAGGCUAUGGCGGCGGCGGCGGUGGAGGUCGAAGGAGCAACCCAGGAGCUAAUCUUCGAAAACCGAAAUGGGAUCUCAGUAGAUUAAAACCUUUUAAAAAAGAUUUUUAUGUACCACAUCCUGAUGUAGAAAAAAGACCUGAUUCGGAAGUAGAAGGAUGGAGAAGUGACAAUGAAAUAACUCUAAAAGGCCGUAACAUUCCAAAACCCACCAUGACUUUUGAAGAAGCGGGAUUCCCUAAUUAUGUUAUGGAUGAAAUCGACAAGAUGGGAUUUUCAAAACCUACACCAAUUCAGGCUCAGGGGUGGCCAAUAGCAUUGAGUGGGUAUGAUAUGGUAGGAAUUGCUUCAACUGGAUCAGGAAAAACACUUUCAUACAUUUUACCAGCUAUUGUUCAUAUCAAUAAUCAGCCAAAAUCAAGUAGAGGAGAUGGGCCAAUUGCAUUAGUAUUAGCCCCUACAAGGGAAUUAGCUCAACAAAUUCAAGAAGUAUGUGACAAGUUUGCAAAUACUUCAAAGAUUCAUAACACCUGUCUCUUUGGAGGGGCACCUAAAGGGCCUCAGGCUCGAGAUUUAGAUGCUGGUGUUGAAAUUGUCAUUGCCACUCCAGGGCGUUUAUUGGAUUUCUUAGAAAGUUCAAGAACCAAUUUAAAAAGAACCACAUACUUAGUUUUAGAUGAAGCUGAUAGGAUGUUAGAUAUGGGUUUUGAACCUCAAAUAAGGAAAAUAAUUGAACAAAUUCGACCUGAUAGACAAACACUUAUGUGGUCUGCUACAUGGCCACGAGAAGUGCAAAGUUUGGCUUCAGAAUUUUUGAAAGAUUACCUACAGAUCAAUGUUGGAUCUUUACAAUUGGCUGCUAAUCAUAACAUAUUGCAAAUUAUUGAUGUGUGCAUGGAAUAUGAAAAGGAAACCAAAUUGAGUACACUUCUUAAAGAAAUAAUGGCAGAGAAAGAAAACAAAACAAUUAUUUUUAUUGAAACCAAAAGAAGAGUUGAUGACAUUACCAGAAAAAUGAAGAGAGAUGGAUGGCCGGCAGUGUGUAUUCACGGUGACAAAUCUCAGAAUGAACGUGAUUGGGUGCUGCAAGAUUUUCGAAGUGGAAAAGCGCCCAUUCUUGUAGCUACAGAUGUUGCCGCUCGAGGCUUAGAUGUUGAUGACGUAAAAUUUGUUAUCAACUUUGACUAUCCCAGUAAUUCAGAAGAUUAUGUACAUCGUAUCGGUCGAACUGGCCGUACAAAUAAAACUGGAACCGCCUACACAUUUUUUACUCCCUCGAAUGCUGCAAAGGCUGGAGAUCUCGUGUCAGUUUUAAAAGAAGCUAAGCAAGUUGUGAACCCGAAGUUGCAAGAGCUUUCGGAACGUGGUGGUGGCGGUGGCCGACGUCACCGUGGACGCGGAGGCCGUUACCGGCGCGGGCGCCGCUCCCGCUCCCGCUCGCGCUCGCGGGACCGGGACCGGGACCGCGACCGGGACCGCGACCGCGACCGCGACCGCCGGCGCCGCACUCGCUCACGAUCUCGAUCACGCGAUCGUCGUCGUCGCCGACACAGUUCGUCCAGAUCAUCAAGAAGCAAAUCAUCGAGAUCCUCAAGAAGUCAUUCGCGCUCCCGUUCCCGCUCACGUAGCCGUUCACGUUCAGGCAAGUGCAGCCCUAUGAAGGAUGCUACGAAUACAGGGCCUCAGACUACCUCCCAACCACUUUUGCCCACGCCGAAGUCGCUGCUACCUACUCCUAUUGGUCCACAACUCCCAUCUCACAAUGAUAAAUUAAAUAUAAAACCCUCCGCUCCAGUUAAUAACACUGAACAACAUUCUAGUAGAGAACAAACAUUAGAUAAUAACACUAAUCUUGGCAAUAAUGCGGACUACAAUCAUCAACAACAACAACAAACACAGAUUCCAUCUCUAAUGGCGAUAAAUCCUCAAAUGAAUAUGUGUGUUCCCCCACCAAUGAAUGGUACAGGGUUUGUCAUGCCUCCAUUCUUUCCUGCGGAUCAAUAUGGUAUGAUGAUGCCAUCAUUCGCCGGUCCCAUGCUUGGAGGUUGGUCAGCCCCUCCGCCACCUCCUCCUCCUCCUCCUCCGGACUCCGGUAGCGCGACUCAUGGGCAACGUGGCGCGGGAGAAAGUGGUCUCGAGUCAGAUUCCAGAAAGCGAGGCCCUCGUUCUGGUGGGCUUGGCGCAUCCAGUUACGGCUCAGGCGGAGGCCUGGGCUCGGGCGGCGGUCUGGGCUCCGGUGCCGGCCACGGCUCUAGUGGAGGCCUGGGCUCCGGUGGAGGUCUCGGCUCUGGCGGAGGUCUUGGUUCAGGUGGAGGCCUCGGUUCAGGCGAUGGCCUCGGCUCAGAAGGUGGCCUGGGCUCAGACGGCGGGCGCUCUGGAUCUCGCUCGAGAGGUCGAGAUAGGCGCCGUCGUGGAAGAGGACGGGAUCGCGACGACUAUGACUCGGAGACACCGAGUAAUGGUGGCCUUGGGUCUCAAGGACUUGGAGGCCACGACGGCGGCGGUCUGGGUUCAGCUCCCAGUCAUGGAUAUGCCUCUGGCGGUCUCGGCGUACCUCACGGGGGCCUAUUGCCGCGCAUGCUUCCUCAGAACGGUGGCGACUACAUGGGAUCUCAAGCCGCCAACUUCACCGCUUUCGGCUCGUAUGGCUCCAAGAACAAUCAAAGGAAUAAUGAUCCAGGACUGGUUUCCAAUGAUAAUUAUGGUGAUGUUGGCUACAAAAACGUUAUGGAUUAUUAUGGCCCUCAAAAUAUGGGGCCAGGCAGACCGUUUGGAGUUGGUUUAGAUCAAUGUGGUCUAAAUGGUGCGCAGGCAAAUGGCUCCGUGGGGUACAAUUAUGACCGCCAGAGGAAUCACCAGCGGUGAAUAGGAAUGAGAGAAUGGAUACAAUGGGGACUCCCGUCGUCGCAGAAGGCGCUGAACACGAAAAGUUAGGACCUAAGAUAAAAAACGCUAUAAUGAUAGAAUUGAGAUUUUAAAUUUCAUUCCAAGUAUGUAUUUAAUUUAAUUGCCAUAAUAUUGUGACAAUGAAAAUAA